GUGCGACGUGAAAAUUCCGGCAUAACGGAAGAAUUCGAUUGCUGAACGAUUAUUGAAAUUGAAAGUUAUAGUGAUUGAGUUUUGGUUUUCCUGAUGGUGGAAGAAGCAAAAUUGGAUUCAAAAUCGAAAUCGAUUCCGAAUGAGAAUUUGAGAUUCGGAGAAAGGGCUUUGUCUGCCGGCGGCGCCGCUUUUUUAUCAGCGGUCAUAGUUAAUCCCCUCGAUGUUGUUAAGACGAGAUUACAAGCACAGGCUGCAGGAGUUCCGUAUCAAGGCUCGUGUCGUCUUGGUUGUUUCGAUACGAAUUCCAAGCAGGUGGUACAUGGUUUGAGAAGUAAUUCUGCUCCAGGGAUGUGUAGAAUUACUGGCUCUGCAUCUGUUUGCUCAGAUAAUCAGUACAAGGGAACUCUUGAUGUCUUCUACAAAAUUAUCCGCCAGGAAGGGUUCUCUAGGCUUUGGAGAGGUACAAACGCAAGUUUAGCUUUGGCCGUUCCAACUGUUGGGAUCUACAUGCCUUGUUAUGAUUAUUUUCGCAACAUAAUGGAGGAGUUCACGAUCGAGAAGUCCCCAACUUUAACGAUUUAUGUCCCUCUAGUUGCCGGGACAAUAGCACGCUCCUUGGCUUGUAUCUCUUGUUACCCUGUUGAGUUAGCAAGGACACGGAUGCAGGCAUUUAAGGGAACACAAAGAGAUGUGAAACUGCCUGGCGUCUGGAAGACAUUAGUUGACGUCGUCAAUCCAGUCAAGGGCUCAAAUAAUGGAUACAGGAUGUUAUGGACGGGUCUUGGUGCUCAACUUGCUAGGGAUGUUCCAUUCUCUGCAAUCUGCUGGUCAAUACUUGAGCCUACCCGGAGAAGCAUUCAGUCGGCCAUGGGUGAAGAACCAGGGGCAGGCAGUAUAAUAGGUGCGAACUUCACUGCUGGUUUUGUUGCGGGUGCAGUUGCUGCUGCAGCUACUUGCCCACUAGAUGUUGCAAAGACUAGGCGUCAAAUAGAGAAGAAUACAGAUAGAGCCAUGACAAUGACCACUAGACAAACCUUAGCAGAGAUUUGGAGGGAUGGAGGAAUAAGAGGGAUGUUUAGUGGAGCAGGGGCUCGGGUGGGACGAGCAGGACCAUCUGUAGCCAUUGUGGUAUCCUUUUACGAAGUGGUCAAGUAUGGACUGCACAACUUUCACCAACAGUAAGUCAGUAACACUUAUAGUUACUGUACACAGAUUUUGUUUUGAUGCGAAGCUAAAAAGAACCCUUCCGCGUCUAAAUCAAUAAAGAGGUUGUUGCCGU